AUGGCACGUGGACAAGAAGAGAAUGUAGCACUAUUGGGCAAAACUACUCAGUCAUCAAUUUACGACGGAUCUUAUCCUGAAUGGGCUCUUGAUGAAUCGUUGAGCACCUGGACCCACACUAACUCUGAAACCAACCCAUGGUGGAGAGUGGAUCUACUGAAGAUAUACAGUGUGAACAGAGUGACCAUCACUAAUAGACUGACCAGUUAUUCGAGGAUUAACGGAGCGGUGAUUCGUAUCGGGAACUUUCUUGACAUUUACAGCAACACCAUAUGUGGUGUAAUUUCUACUCUUGGAGCCGGUGCCACGGCCACUUUCUCAUGCGGUGGGAUGGAGGGUCGUUAUAUGGUUGUUAAUAUUCCUGGAGAUCAGCAGAUUCUUAGUAUUGUUGAAGCUGGAGUCUACGGGUAUUUAGCAGAUGAUUCUGAUAAACGUGGGGCUUGA